AUGGUAUCAGAGCCUUCUCGACCAGGCUCCUAUGUCGCUGCCGGCACCGGCGAGGCAAGUCAAGGAGGACAAGCUCCACCGAUUACUCAAUCGCCGGCGCAGAUGACUUCGACGACGAUUCUGCAAGCACAUAGGAAUUAUAGCACAGAGGAUCCAGAGAAUCAUCUUCUCUUCAGCACAAAUGAUAAUCCGAGCCUCAUCCUCGUUAGUCCACCUCUGAUCGGUAGCUCCAAUUAUAGCUCGUGGUGCAUUUCCAUGAGAAUCGCCUUGGAGGUGAAAAAUAAAUGGUGCAUCAUCGACGGAAGCCUCACGGAACCGAGCAGAGAAAGUAGACAAUACGCACCUUGGAGGAGAUGUAACCUCAUGGUGUGUUCAUGGCUGUUUAAAUCUGUGCACUCCUCAAUAGCACAAAGUGUGAUGCAUCUGGAGAAAGCCACUGACGUAUGGGAUGACUUGAGAUGA